CGAUUGGCGGGAUGCGCCGGUGGGCGGGACGGGCGCGCGGAGAUUGGCGGGAUGCGGCGCGGCGCGUGGUAACUUUGGCCUGGACAUAGCUGCUUGGACCAAACAAGCCAGGAGUGCAGCCAUGUUUUCAGAGCAGGCAGCACAGAGGGCCCACACUCUGCUCUCCCCGCCGUCAGCCAGCAAUGCCACCUUUGCCCGGGUGCCUGUGGCAACUUACACCAACUCCUCACAGCCCUUCCGACUGGGAGAGCGCAGCUUUAACCGACAGUAUGCCCAUAUUUAUGCCACCCGCCUCAUCCAGAUGAGACCCUUCCUGGUGAACCGGGCGCAGCAGCACUGGGGCAGCCGAGUUGAAGUGAAGAAGCUGUGUGAGCUGCAGCCCGGGGAGCAGUGCUGUGUGGUGGGCACGCUGUUCAAAGCCAUGCCCCUCCAACCCUCCAUUCUGCGGGAGAUCAGCGAGGAGCACAACCUGAUCCCCCAGCCACCUCGGAGCAAAUACAUCCACCAGGAUGACGAGCUGGUCUUAGAAGAUGAGUUGCAGCGUAUCAAACUGAAAGGCACCAUUGAUGUGUCAAAGCUGGUCACAGGAACGGUCUUGGCUGUGUUUGGCUCUGUGAAAGACGACGGUAAGUUUCAGGUUGAGGACCACUGCUUUGCUGACCUGGCUCCACAGAAGCCUGUACCCCCACUGGACACAGACAGAUUUGUGCUACUGGUAUCUGGACUGGGCCUGGGCGGCGGUGGCGGUGAGAGCCUCCUGGGCACCCAGCUGCUGGUGGACGUGGUGACGGGACAGCUUGGGGACGAAGGAGAACAGUGCAGUGCUGCCCACGUCUCUCGAGUCAUCCUUGCAGGCAACCUCCUCAGUCAUAACACCCAGAGCAGAGAUUCCAUCAACAAGGCCAAAUACCUCACCAAGAAAACCCAGGCAGCCAGUGUGGAGGCAGUCAAAAUGCUGGACGAGAUCCUUCUGCAGCUGAGCGCCUCGGUACCUGUGGAUGUGAUGCCAGGAGAAUUUGACCCAACCAACUACACGCUCCCGCAGCAGCCCCUGCACCCCUGCAUGUUCCCACUGGCCACUGCUUACUCCACGCUCCAGCUGGUCACCAACCCAUACCAAGCCACCAUUGAUGGAGUAAGGUUCCUGGGGACAUCUGGACAGAACGUGAGUGAUAUCUUCCGGUAUAGCAGCAUGGAAGACCAUUUAGAGAUCCUAGAGUGGACCCUGCGGGUCCGUCACAUCAGCCCCACGGCUCCAGACACCCUAGGGUGCUACCCCUUCUACAAAACCGACCCGUUCAUCUUUCCGGAAUGCCCUCAUGUCUACUUCUGUGGCAACACCCCCAGCUUUGGUUCCAAAAUCGUCCGAGGUCCUGAGGACCAGGUGGUGCUGUUGGUGGCUGUCCCUGACUUUAGUUCCACACAGACAGCCUGCCUGGUGAACCUUCGCAGCCUGGCCUGCCAGCCUAUCAGCUUUGCAGGCUUUGGGGCAGAACAAGAUGACCUGGAAGACCUGGGGCUGGGUCCCUAAUGAGGCGGCUAGGGCAGGACAUCACCCUUGCAAUGCAAGCCCUGUAAAUAAAACAUGAAUUUUCUACAGGUCUGAA